AUGAGUCAUCGGAGGAGUGAGAAGUUUGAAAAUUCUUUUUCCAAUCAUGAUGGUUGUCGAAUCUUAUCGUUAAUUAUCAAUGAUGAAUACAAAAUACUUCAGGAAACAAAGAAGUUAGCCGAAAAACGAAUUACACUUGAUGAACAAUACGCGAAAAGUCUUCAAGAGUUAGCCGCAAGUGCAGAUCGACUCGCAGCUUCGACAAAUCCGCAUCCACUUGUUUCGAUAUCACGGGAUGUCUUUCUUCAAUGGUCACAUCUGGCGGCAUUGAUAACUUCGCAAGCCGAACAAAUUCGGGAGACAAGUCUGGAAGGUUCUAUCAAACAACUGAUGGAAAACAAAGUUGACUCAAGGAAAUAUCUCGACGAAGAAAAACGUCGAUACGAUGCCGAAUAUCGAAAAAUCUUCCUGUGCAGUGAAAAGCGGUACGCGGAUGAAAUCAAAGUUUACACGGCGAAGAAUAAUGAAUUAACAAAACUUCAGACAAAUGCUCGAAAGAGUGAUGAAUCUCGAAUAAAGAGUUUGAAAGAUGUUGUGCUCGAUAAACGUGGGUGUGUUUAUCGUGCACAUAACGAUUAUGUUCAUAAGAUUCGAGAGUAUAAGCUUAUCGAUGAACAAUACACAUGCAACAUACGAAAUUUAGUCAAAUAUCACGAGGAGAGCCAAUUGAUUCUGAACGAAUCCUGGCAAAAUCUACUUGAUAACAUAGCAAGUUAUCCGAGUUAUUAUUCUAAUCAAUCAAAAACAGUCGAACUGGCACGACAAACGGUUCGGUCCAUCAAUCUACAACAUUGUUACGAUCAAAUCUGUGAUCUUCAUUCCAACACUGUUCCCUUGACAACAACGCCUGAAAUAUUCAAUCAAUCACUUCUUCAGUCAUCCAAUCUUUCUAAACUGAAAGCCGAUCAAUUCGUUGUUGACAAUUCGACGAAACAAGAUCUAAAACAAAAGACAUAUUUUAGUCGAAAGGAUACUUUUCAACAAGAACAGUUUGCUCGUCAGUUGCAAACACGAAGGACAUGGGAACAAGAAUUACUUAGCGAAUUAAAAGAGGUUACCACAAAAUUUGGCUAUAACUUCGAUGAUGAUGGAUCAGAACCGGAUUCAGAUGAUGAAUUAACUGAUCAACUUAAAGAUCAACCUUACUUUCACGGUGUAAUCCCGCGUAAUCAAAGUGUUAGUCAAUUGAAAGAAAAAGGUGAUUAUUUAGUUCGUAUUAACGAACAAGGUCGAAUUGUUCUAUCGGUUUACUGGUCGACUUCGAAUAACGCAACGCAAUUAAAAGACUCACACUUUUAUAUCAUCGAACAAAACAAUAUGUUUUCGUUACAACACAAUGGUAUUGCUAUGCCAAGCGUUAAUGAAUUGAUCGCAUAUUACAAACGUCAAAAGUUAGAAUUACGAGACAACGGUAUACGAUUAAUUCGACCUAUAGCGAGACCAGAUUAUAUGGUUAACAAUGAUGAAGUUUCCACUAUGGAAGUCUUAGGAAAAGGUCAUUUCGGUGAAGUAUCUCGCGGCGAAUAUCGUGGUCAAAAGUUGGCAAUCAAAACCCUUCGUUCACCUGGAACUAAUCUGACCGAAAAAGAUCGACAAAAUUUCAUCAAUGAAGCGUUUCUACUUCAACAAUAUAGACAUAAAAAUAUCGUGAAAUUUAUCGGUAUUGCUGCAAUGCGUGAUCCCAUGAUGAUUCUUAUGGAAUUGAUCGAACAGGGAAGUUUGGAUAAAUAUUUGAAGAAACAAGACUAUCGUGUUUCACAGUUAAUCCAAAUGUGUUAUGAUAUUGCCAAAGGAAUGGCAUAUUUAGAAAAAUGUAAUGUGAUUCAUCGAGACUUGGCCGCUCGAAAUUGUCUAGUGGAUAAACGAGGUCGAAUCAAAGUAGCAGAUUUCGGGUUGUCAAGAUGUUUGCAAUCUGAUGAAGAAUACUUCUGUCAAGUCAAGGAAAUUCCUGUUCGUUGGUGGGCUAUCGAAGUUUUUUCGAACGCACCUUAUACUGUGAAAGCCGAUGUUUGGUCGUAUGGUGUCACUGCUUGGGAAGUUUUUUCCAAAGCAGAGUUACCGUACCCAAAUAUCAAGUUCAGUCAUGCAGUGAUUGAUGCAAUCAAGUUUGGUGAACGUUUAAGACAACCGGAAAGAUGUCCUGCGAAGAUAUUUUCUAUUAUGGAGCCAUGCUGGUUCUUACAUCCGAAAGAUCGGCCGAGUUUUGAAAAGCUUGUUGAACUAUUAAAAAAAGAGAAACGUUUAUUUUAA